CCACGUUGCCGAUAACUAUGCCAGACUUCUGGUGGCACCUCAACUCAGUUCCCGCUACCUGUUGAUGCGAAUUUUACCCCUUCCAACCGCGUCCUCGUCGGGAAAUCUGGGGUCAGCUAUAAAGAGGGCCCCUGUCUCCGUGGCUACAAGACAUGCAAAACGGCACAACUAUUGGUAUACCGCCCGAGAAUGAACGAGUGACUGAAAGAGCCGAGCCCGUUCCAUCCGAUCUUUUACCCAACAAUUCUCCCGUCAAUUCUCCCACUAUUGAUCCUACUCUGUCCGAGAUCAAAGAUGUCGCAGCCGAUCAUAAUGAAGAACCGCCAUCCAAACGACGAAAAGUUGCGGGCUCGACGCCCUCGCGCCGUUCACACUCUAGGGCAGCUUCCCCCCCUUGGAAAAAAGCGGGCGCUGACGGUCCGACGUCGAAAAUUGUGGAUGGUAAACGUCGAUCUACGAGAGUUAGUAACGUCGGCCCUGUCGAGCAACCUCCAUCCGAUGCAAAACCAACGCGGUCCAGCCAGAAGCAGUAUGUAAGCAAAGCGGUCUCUAGUCAAAGGAAUGCAGCUGUGUCGUCUCCGCUACCAAUGUCUCCAUCCCGUUCAGGAAUAAAUAGGAGGUCUCUUGCUGGCGUCGCUGUAAAUGGCUCACCCAGUACCACGGCGAAGGGCUCUAUAGGCCGGAGACGACGUGAAUCGCCUUCACCCGUGUCCAAGCGUGCGUCUACGCGUACAAGGCCUGAUAAUAUGGACGCAUACCACCCUUCUAACGGAGUCACCCCUCGCUCGAACUCGACUAAGACUAGGUCAACUAGGUCCUUCCAACUUGCAUCAUCAGACUUCAGAGAGGAAACAGCGGAUGACAUAGGAAAUGAUGGGCAAGACGAACAUGGACAGCGAAUACAACGUUUACGGAUCAAGGUCAAGAAACCGGCGCUCAGCAUCCAACAUCCGUCCCAUGUCUUGCCUACACGGAAAUACGGCUCAUUCAAAGAAUGGCUCGAGAAUGAAGGUACUGGGCCAGGGCGCAUGCUUACUAUGACAGAUGCGUUGGAGGAGGCGCAGAAAAGACGGCAAGUAACGGAAGCUAUGGAGCCUGGCGGUCUUUUGAGCUCUGAAGUUUGCUCUGCCUUUCUGCCAGAACCACAAGAAGAACUUCCACAGCAAUUCUCGCACCAGGAUCAUCUCGUGGCACAUGCCUUGUACUUCAAGAAACUUCUCGAUAAGGAACACCGUGCUCAUCGCCAGGCGGCUAAAUCACUUGCCGCGGCGUGUGCAGAGGUAUGGAGAAAACGCAAUAAAGAUCCGGAGGAUAUACUUAGGGAACAACAAGAAGAAAUGCGCGGGAAGCGCAAGCAGCUGGCCAAGGACCUCAAGAAAAUGUUCGAGCUGGCCCGAGCAGAGAUCGACCGGGUACGACUCGCACGGUGGGAAGAGGAGCAGAAAGCGAAAGAUCAACGAGCUUUGGAUCGGGCGAUUAAGCAGUCCACCAUGUUGUUUGAAAAGCGACGGCUGGAGAUUUUGGGCGAAACAGGGAGCGAUGCCCCGGAGACUACAACUGAUGAUGAAGAAGUCGAGACUGAUAAUGGGUCUGAGAAUGAUGACGAGGAGGGUGAGAGUAAUAUGUCGACGGAAACCGAAGAGGAAGACGGGGAUGACAGGGACGAUGAUGUGGGCCUCACUGCAGAGGAGCUGCGAUUGAAAUAUGCAAAUUUACCAGAUACCAACCCCCAUCCAGACCAAUCUCCAUAUUCCGAUGAGGACUCUGAGGACAGUGACGACAUCGCUGCUGACAAUACCCCUGGCGACACUUCUGGCGGUGUCAACCGAUCUCCGCCGCCAGAUUCUUCGGGUCAAGUAGAACUCGACGAAGUUGACCCAGUGCUCAUAGAUGAUAGUGAUGAAUCUACCGAUAUGGACGAUGACAUGGGUGACAGCGAUGACGAUGGAUAUAGCGAGGCUGAGUCGGAUGACGAAGACGGUGGUGAACCUGGAUUACUGGGAUUUUUCUCCGCAAAGGACUUAAGUCUCAGUAAUUUGCAUCAAACUAACUCUGGUGAGGGCGAUACUCAUCAAACAGGCGCUGAUGGUGACCGCAACGAGGAUUCAUCCUUUGAUGAGUCCGAAUUCGGGUCCGAAGACCCAGACGAAGUUACGCUUGUUCCUACUGGACCAACGAAUAAAGACCUGAGCACACCGGCUACAGUCACAGCUUCUGCGGAGCUGGAACCUGCGGCAAUGACCCCUUCCAUAGAUCAGACAUCUACCGAAGAGCCUAUCGCCAUCGGUACUGAGACCCCAAUUGAAACCGUCGCUGAGGAUGCCGCUGCGCUCGCUGAUACAGAGCCCGUUGACGUUGAUGUAUUGGAUACUUCUACUAAUGACAGCGUUCCUCCAGUUAUGUCACCUGCGACAAACCUCCUCAAGCAAAUUGAGCGGCAACAGCAUGAGCCCUACCAUAGUAGAGCUGCUUCUAGCGAAGCAUCUCCUGGAACGGUGGCCACUAAACCUUCUGAACCAGAAUCUGUCUCGUCAAUCGAAGCGCCAGCAGAGAAGCACGCACAGCCCAGCGAAUCGCCUGGACCUGGCUUAAAGACUCCGAUACCACAUCUUCUGCGAGGGACCCUGCGAGAGUAUCAGCAUUUUGGUUUAGACUGGCUAGCGGGUCUUUAUUCGAAUCAUAUCAACGGCAUUCUCGCGGAUGAGAUGGGUCUGGGAAAGACUAUUCAAACCAUUGCCCUGCUUGCUCACCUGGCAGUAGAACAUGGAGUUUGGGGUCCGCAUCUUGUCGUGGUUCCCACCAGUGUCAUUCUUAACUGGGAAAUGGAGUUCAAAAAAUGGUGCCCGGGGUUCAAAAUCAUGACGUACUAUGGCAACCAAGAAGAACGCCGGCAAAAACGCAGGGGUUGGAUGGAUGACAACAGUUGGAACGUUCUGAUCACAUCAUACCAAUUAGUCCUACAAGAUCAGCAGGUUCUCAAGCGAAGAAGUUGGCAUUACAUGAUUCUUGACGAGGCGCACAACAUCAAGAACUUUCGCUCCCAGAGAUGGCAAGCUCUGCUCACGUUUCGCACCAGAGCGCGACUCUUGCUUACUGGAACCCCCCUUCAAAAUAAUCUUACCGAGCUGUGGUCCCUUCUCUUCUUUUUGAUGCCAACCGAUGGUGACGAGGCUGGUAUUGAAGGCUUUGCCGACUUGAGGAACUUCUCAGAAUGGUUUCGGCGUCCCGUAGAGCAGAUCUUGGAGCAUGGCCGGGAAACAAUGGACGACGAGGCGAAACAAGUAGUGACAAAGUUGCAUACUGUCCUGCGACCGUAUAUUUUGCGUCGUCUAAAAGCUGACGUCGAGAAACAAAUGCCCGGCAAGUACGAGCAUGUCGUGUAUUGCAGACUAUCAAAGCGACAAAGAUACUUGUACGAUGGCUUCAUGUCUAGGGCACAGACCAAGGAGACGCUUGCAUCCGGGAACUAUCUGUCGAUCAUCAACUGCUUGAUGCAGCUACGCAAAGUCUGUAAUCACCCCGAUCUCUUCGAGACACGGCCGAUCUCAACCUCAUUUGCGAUGCCACGUUCCGUCGCAACGGAGUUUGAGACAAGCGAAGCCCUAGUUCGGCGGCGUCUGCUUUACCAACAUCCCUUGGAAAAGCUCGAUUUGGAUUUCCUCAACCUGGUGCCCAUCUCAAGGGAGGACAUAUCGCGAAGGCUGGCGGAUGAUAGCGCCAGGAUUAUGGCUUAUGCUCCCUUUAACACACUCCGCGAGCGUCAGUACCACCGGACAAACUGGGAGAUGAAAUUUAAUGGAUCAACCGUACAGUCUACAUUGGAGGCAUUGGAGAACGACUGCAGGAAGAGGAGAAUGGCCGAACUGGAAAGAUCUCUGUAUUUUGAGUCCAAGCGCCAUGGUCGGCGUCCCGUGUAUGGAAGCAGCCUUAUUGAGUUCCUUACGGCAGACAGCAAACAGCGGCCGACUGCCCAUGGUCCCUUACGGAAACGCUCGUACGCGGAUUGGUUAUCCAGCCAAUCCUCUGUAUUGGCCUCGAUGAUGAUGUCUCUGGAGGAAAGAUCUCAAGCGAUGGAUGGAUAUAUCCAACGCUUUGCCUGCGUUACUCCGGCAGCGGUUGCUGCAGGGGUUACAGAAGCCGCUUUGACACCCAUCUCAACGCGACACCUUACGAACAAGGAGAGAUUUCCGCCACAUGAUCCCUUCCACGAGGCUCAGAUGCGCCUAUCUAUCGCUUUCCCAGACAAAAGGCUUCUGCAGUAUGACUGUGGAAAACUACAGAGACUGGACAAGCUGCUACGCGAUCUUAAAGCCGGCGGUCACCGAGCGUUGAUUUUUACUCAGAUGACUAAAAUGCUAGACGUGCUAGAGCAGUUCCUUAACAUCCACGGGCACCGUUAUCUUCGUCUGGAUGGUACGACCAAAGUUGAGCAGCGGCAGAUCCUCACGGAUCGGUUCAAUAAUGACAAUCGCAUCCUGGCAUUCAUCCUGUCCAGUCGUUCUGGAGGUCUAGGUAUCAACUUGACAGGCGCCGACACGGUGAUAUUCUAUGACUUAGACUGGAAUCCAGCUAUGGACAAACAGUGCCAGGACCGCUGCCAUCGUAUUGGGCAAACCCGCGACGUGCACAUCUAUCGCUUCGUCUCAGAGUACACAAUCGAAUCCAACAUCCUCCGCAAGGCGAACCAAAAGCGCAUGCUGGACGACGUUGUCAUCCAAGAAGGCGAGUUCACAACUGAUUAUUUCACGAAGCUCGACGUGCGCGAUAUGAUUGGCAAUGACGAGGCUCUUAAAGACGAGGCCAGUGCUGCCAUGGACCGCGUCCUCGAGAACCGAGUCACCAACACUUCGCGCGUAUUCGAGCAGGCCGAGGACAAAGAAGAUAUCGACGCCGCUAAGAACGCGCAGAAAGAACUCGAACACGCUGAUGACGGCGAUUUCGAUGAUCGUGCCAAUGCUAAUGCCAGCGGCGUCACCGCUGCCUCGGCUUCUGCCUCCGGCGCCGGCCAGACUCCAACGCAAGCAGGCACACCCCUACCAGACGAGGCGCAGCAGUCCCUAAACGCAAACAAUGCCGAGGUCGCCGAAGACACAGCGGACUCUGAUCCGUCCGUUGGCCAUAUCGACGACUACCUGCUGAGGUUCAUGGAAUGGAAUAUGAAAGACGAGCCGCUCGUGCUUCCUGUAGACAAGAGCAUGAAGAAGUCUAAGAAGGGGAAGGAGCAUCGUCUUCGAAAGAGACGACGUUGA